AUGAUAGCCCUGUUUAACAAGCUGUUGGACUGGUUCAAACAGCUAUUUUGGAAGGAAGAGAUGGAGUUGACACUGGUCGGUCUGCAGUAUUCGGGAAAGACCACCUUCGUGAACGUGAUAGCGGUAAUUUCGCCGUUGACCUGCUCUGUGUCUGUCUUCAUAUCAUAUGUGCAUCGAUUUACGACGGGAAUAGACCGUGGCACAUAGUAGCGGUCCCGUGAUUUGAAACGCCGCUCCUCCCUUUAAUUGCUACAGUGUCGCAGUAUUAUUUAUAAUCAGGACCUUUUCGUCCUGGUCAGAAACAAAUGGACUAUAUGUGUGUGGAGUGAAUAAUAUCCAGAUUUAAUUGUGAAUAGGACGGAUGGUAGGCAAAAUUAAUUGGCCUAUUUGAAUUAUUGAGGGAUGGAGACUGGCUGGCUAUUUCAUCAUAUGAUGUGCUCGCUAGUAAUGAUGACGACAUCACAAGUGACAUCUUGGUUUAUGCUGUCAUGAAAUACGAGCAUUACAACCUUGAAAUGGGGCACUGUUAUUUAAUUGUACACCAGAGUUACACAUAACCUAGAUAAUUAUGUGCAGUGUAAAAUGUUUUCAGGCUAAAUCUGCUCAGGAAUGUCCAAGCCAAUGUCUUGGAUUACGAUGCUGAGACUGCUUACAUGAAUGUAUGACAAGCAACUAGAAAAGGCCAAGACUAGGAACCAGAAAGGACCAAGGCCAUUGGCUGUAGUAGCAUAGUGUUCACGCUGCAGGAUACACUUGGCCGUACAAUAUUUUAUCUCAGUAGCCUAGAUUACAGUUGGGCUGCUACAUAUAUUAGCCUCAAAUACAUGCCGCCUCUUUGACUGUAUUCAUUGUAUCACCCAGACCUCCUCAUUUGUUACUACUUUGUGACAACAACAUCCCUUCCACCUGCUCCAUUGCAACACUGUAUCAAUCCUCUCACCAGACAGUCAGUGUGGGUCCUCAUUUGACUUCUGUUGGCUUGAUGAGGAUUUGUGGGAUUGUAGUGAUAUCCCUGCAGUGAUAUCAUAAAGUAUGGUAGUAGGUUGAUGGAUGUAUAAUGGUUUGUAAAUUCUACAGGUUUAGGAAUGGUAUGUUGAAUGAAAAGGAAAUGAUUACCCUAUCUUUAUUGUUAGAAUUUGUGUUAAUACUGUAGAUGUGUGUGUUCACCCCGCUACCGGUGCUGAUGAGUAUUCCCUCUGAGAACACACAUAAAACCAGGCUGUGCAGAAGAAGGUCAUCUGUGGAUAAAUUCACACCUUACAGUCAGAGCACAUAAAUUAAACCUGGACCUCGUCUCCUUGCAUCUGCCUGCUCCAGCUGAGCCCAAUCACCCAGCCACAUCCCAAGCCCUGCCUCAGACCCUGCCCAGUCCCAGCUGAGCCCAAUCCCCCAGCCACAUCCCAAGCCCUGCCUCAGACCCUGCCCAGUCCCAGCUGAGCCCAAUCCCCCAGCCACAUCCCAAGCCCUGCCUCAGACCCUGCCCAGUCCCAGCUGAGCCCAAUCCCCCAGCCACAUCCCAAGCCCUGCCUCAGACCCUGCCCAGUCCCAGCUGAGCCCAAUCCCCCAGCCACAUCCCAAGCCCUGCCUCAGACCCUGCCCAGUCCCAGCUGAGCCCAAUCACCAAGCCACAUCCCAAGCCCUGCCUCAGACCCUGCCCAGUCCCAGCUGAGCCCAAUCCCCCAGCCACAUCCCAAGCCCUGCCUCAGACCCUGCCCAGUCCCAGCUGAGCCCAAUCACCCAGCCACAUCCCAAGCCCUGCCUCAGACCCUGCCCAGUCCCAGCUGAGCCCAAUCACCCAGCCACAUCCCCAGACCCUGCCUCAGACCCUGCCCUUGCUCUAGCCCCACCUGAGCCCAAUCACCAUCCUCCUCCCCUCCUCCAGCCCAUCCCCAGCCUCAACCAUUACCCAGCCCCUGCUCCAUCCACAGCCCCAGGUCCAGCCCAUCCCCAGCCUCAGCCCAUUACCCAGCCCCAUUCUCUGCCCCUUCCCCAGCCUCAGCCCAUUACCCGGCCCCAUCCCCAGGCCCACUGUUUAGUUCAUGGCUUUCAAAUUCACUGUCUGGGGGUCAUAUCCGUCUGGUUUCACAGACAGUCCAAUACCUAAGUUACUGAUCCUUAUGGUGUUUCUGUUGAGCUGCCACAGAUGGCAGUGAUUGGGGUUGUGCUGUCUUGUUGGAGGAGUGAGAAUGAGAAGGCUGUUGGCUCGGCCCUGGCUCUGGCUCCCAACGGAGUCCUAGACAGGGAUUUGGGAAGACCGUGACUUAGUGACUCGUCCUUGUUUGUCAGAUCCUCCCAUCUGGGCGUUUUGGUGUCUCAUCCAUCUCAUAACAGUCCCAGUGAGCGGCAGUUAAGUGUCCUUUAGCAGUCUGCUUUUAUUACACAACUGAAAGCCCAGAGGCUAACUUAGCCAUUCUCUGAGCAGUAGGCAGAGUUAGUGGGUGACUGCAGUAGGACCACUUAGUGGGAAUGUGUAUCUUUAAAGGCGUUAACUUUUUGGGAUGACACGUUCAGAUAGAGAUGUAAUGUAUAGAGUAGAAAUGGUGUUCGGUUCCACUUAAUAGAGAGGGGACCAUAUCAAUUCUAGACAUUACAUUUCUAUGUCCAGGUUGUUGUGAAAGCAUUGAAGCAAACUCCCACUGAUGCUCAGAAAUCCAUGUACAGAUCUGUAGACUAGGCUAUAGGCUAUGUGUUUAUAGUUAAAUCAGAUGGGGUAGAUGCGGUGACAUAUCCCCAAGUAAAGCAUGUGAGACUGGGACCCAGUGAACAGAGCUAUAUAAAUGCAAUAUGUUAUAGCUAGGGGCCUGAGUCUUUCCUAAGCAUGUGACCUGACCAGGGAAAACUAUAGGCACUUGUUCAUAGACUCAGGUCACAUGGUCAGGAAACUCUGGGCCCUGAUUAUAUCAUCAUAUCCAGACAAUUACAUCUGACUUAACAAUGAGUUUCAUGUGAUGUUAAUACCGUGUUGUGAGGACAAUGGCCCUACUUCAGUGUUCUCCUGAGGAUCAGAGGGAUACACUGGGAUGCUCUGAGAUACUCUGGGAUGCUCUGAGAUACACUUAGAUACUCUGGGAUAUUAAGGUCAGUUGUUGUUCAGUGGUUAUGAAGGUGAUACAAAGGCCUCAUUUAUUUCCUCCCAAGAUAAUAUGGGGUCACUCCAUGAUCUAAUCAAUAGGUUGGCUGUAGGCUAAUCCUAUUGAUCUUCUACAUAGACUCCCAGGCUUGAGUUUAUAUAUCCAGGAAUGUUUGCCAUUUGAAGAAAUUGUAAAAAAAAAAAAAAAAAAAAAAAGUGAUUUCUGUAUCAUUCAAUUUGGACUGUUAUGGAAGUUUACAUUGAAAUAAGGAUUUAGGUCAAAACCACAGUUUUGAUUGAUUCCAUGUGAUCUUUUAGCACAAUAUUUUUGCAUUAGGAAAUAUGCAGCUUUUGCAUUAGGAAAUACACAACAGAUAACCUAAAUCUUAUCACAUUGUGUCUGUUGAUCCCAAUUUUGAUCCCAAUUGAUCAUCAGGCUAUUUAUUAUUUGAAAUACACAAACAGGCUACACACACUUCAGAUACACACAAGUGAAUGGGGUAAAUCCAUUUAAAUUCAAUCACUUUUUGACAGCACCCCUUUUGAUUUGAACGAAACCUGCUCAGAAAGUGACUGUGUAGCUUAUACUCUGUUUUAAAUCAUCUGAGGUUUUUGUGUUGUCCCCACCAUCAGUUGAGACACAACAUGCUAUUAAAUACAGGGCGGAUGACAUGUUUUCUGGCUGAUAAAUGUACUAAAAUGGGAAUCAAAUAGAAAUGUCAACAUUUUAAAAUGGUGCCACAAAGAUGGUUGGAGGUCCACACAUCAGAGAAUGUUGACUUAUUGGGAAUAUCUGUUUUAAAUUAUACUGCCAAUCCUCCAUAGGAAACCUAAUGAAAUCAUAGAAAUAUAAAUAAUAGAAUAGACAUGACCAUUUUAAGUUGACAUUCGACGGUGGGUGGACUGGCCACCAUCUUUUGUGGUAGUAAUUAGAAGUUAAGAUGUACAUUUACAUUUCAAUGGUGUACCAGCUAAAUUGCAGUGGUCUGAGGUGAUAGGUCCAUUCUAUUAAUUAUAUUUCUAUGACUGAAAUUACACCAACCCUGUAUUAACGAGCAGGUUGUGUCUCAACCGAUGGUGGGCACAACACAAAAUCCUCAGAUGAUGUGAAGCAGGGUCUAAGCUACAACAUACAGUGGGGAAAAAAGUAUUUAGUCAGCCACCAAUUGUGCAAGUUCUCCCACUUAAAAAGAUGAGAGAGGCCUGUAAUUUUCAUCAUAGGUACACGUCAACUAUGACAGACAAAAUGAGAAAAAAAAAUCCAGAAAAUCACAUUGUAGGAUUUUUUUAUGAAUUUAUCUGCAAAUUAUGGUGGAAAAUAAGUAUUUGGUCAAUAACAAAAGUUUCUCAAUACUUUGUUAUAUACCCUUUGUUGGCAAUGACACAGGUCAAACGUUUUCUGUAAGUCUUCACAAGGUUUUCACACACUGUUGCUGGUAUUUUGGCCCAUUCCUCCAUGCAGAUCUCCUCUAGAGCAGUGAUGUUUUGGGGCUGUCGCUGGGCAACACGGACUUUAAACUCCCUCCAAAGAUUUUCUAUGGGGUUGAGAUCUGGAGACUGGCUAGGCCACUCCAGGACCUUGAAAUGCUUCUUACGAAGACCCUCCUUCGUUGCCCGGGCGGUGUGUUUGGGAUCAUUGUCAUGCUGAAAGACCCAGCUACGUUUCAUCUUCAAUGCCCUUGCUGAUGGAAGGAGGUUUUCACUCAAAAUCUCACGAUACAUGGCCCCAUUCAUUCUUUCCUUUACAUGGAUCAGUCGUCCUGGUCCCUUUGCAGAAAAACAGCCCCAAAGCAUGAUGUUUCCACCCCCAUGCUUCACAGUAGGUAUGGUGUUCUUUGGAUGCAACAGCAUUCUUUGUCCUCCAAACACGACGAGUUGAGUUUUUACCAAAAAGUUCUAUUUUGGCUUCAUCUGACCAUAUGACAUUCUCCCAAUCCUCUUCUGGAUCAUCCAAAUGCACUCUAGCAAACUUCAGACGGGCCUGGACAUGUACUGGCUUAAGCAGGGGGACACGUCUGGCACUGCAGGAUUUGUGUCCCUGGCGGCGUAGUGUGUUACUGAUGGUAGGCUUUGUUACUUUGGUCCCAGCUCUCUGCAGGUCAAUCACUAGGUCCUCCGUGUGGUUCUGGGAUUUUUGCUCACCGUUCUUGUGAUCAUUUUGACCCCACGGGGUGAGAUCUUGCAUGGAGCCCCAGAUCGAGGGAGAUUAUCAGUGGUCUUGUAUGUCUUCCAUUUCCUAAUAAUUGCUCCCACAAUUGAUUUCUUCAAACCAAGCUGCUUACCUAUUGCAGAUUCAGUCUUCCCAGCCUGGUGCAGGUCUACAAUUUUGUUUCUGGUGUCCUUUGACAGCUCUUUGGUCUUGGCCAUAGUGGAGUUUGGAGUGUGACUGUUUGAGGUUGUGGACAGGUGUCUUUUAUACUGAUAACAAGUUCAUACAGGUAACGAGUGGAGGACAGAGGAGCCUCUUAAAGAAGAAGUUACAGGUCUGUGAGAGCCAGAAAUCUUGCUUGUUUGUAGGUGACCAAAUACUUAUUUUCCACCAUAAUUUGCAAAUAAAUUCAUAAAAAAUCCUACAAUGUGAUUUUCUGGAUUUUUUUCUUCUCAAUUUGUCUGUCAUAGUUGACGUGUACCUAUGAUGAAAAUUACAGGCCUCUCAUCUUUUUAAGUGGGAGAACUUGCACAAUUGGUGGCUGACUAAAUACCUUUUUCCCACUGUAUGCAAAUUGAUGUUAAAGGUAAAAUGUCAUUUUUAUUUAAAAAAAUAUUUUAAAAUUAAGACAUUAUAAAAUAGUUUCACAACCCUGUUUGUAAGCUUUUAAAUUAUAUCAAACUCAACAAUGUAUAUUUUCCAGUAAUGAAGACAUGGAUGUCUCAUGGUAUGGUGGGGUAUUGCCAAAUGGGUCAACUUUGAGCCAUUCCCUUGAAUGUUUUGGCAUUCAGGUCCCAAAAGUAACUUUCUGACCACUUCUUACAUGAGGAAACAUUUAUGGAAAGUUUUGUUUAAAUCAAAUGGGAUGCUUUCAAAAAGUGAUUGAAUUCAAAUGGAUUUACCUUAUGAACCCCAUACCUGCCUCUAAAAAUCUGAGAGACUUGUUCUCUUGGCUUUACAGUUCUUUGGUAUUAAAGUGUCGGUGUGUCUGGCUGAAAGAUAGUUCCUGGUUGCAUUGCUCCGCCAGUGCAUUAGUCUUGUCUGAAACACCUCUAAAUCAAAUCAAAUCACAUUUUAUUGGUCACAUACACAUAUUUAGCAGAUGUUAUUGUGGGUGUAGCAAAAUGCUUGUGUUCCAGGCUCCAACAGUGCAGUAGUAUCUAACAAUACACAACAAUACACACAAAUAUAAAAGUAAUAUAAUGGAAUUAAGAAAUAUAUAAAUAUUAGGACGAUCAGGGCAACAUGUGAUCAGGGCAACACAUCGGCCCAGGAGGAAGGAAAUUGCACUAGGCUCAAGGCCUAUAUUGAGAAAGUGUAAUAUUGAUGUCAAGUAGAGAUAUGGCCUUGUGCUGUAUAGGCUAGCAGUGUCUUACUUGUGCUUAGUAUACUGCUUUAACCUUGCCUCGAGAACUGACUUAGAAAACGAAGUACAUCAGGUGAUGGUGUGGAAUAACCUGUUUUCUAAUUAUGGCCCAAGGACAACAGCAGCGGAGGCGUUUUUUGAGUUAAUUUAAUAGGAAGCAGAGGAAAUGGCUGCACGUGAUGCUCUCAACUUGAAAAGGUUGUUCAUCACAGACAGUACAGUAGCAGCAUUCUGACAGUACAAGAUGAAGGCUUUCUUCUUGAGUUAACCUACAAGUGCCUCAAAUGGAGUCUUUGAUAAUGCAAUUCAUACUUUCACUAUCAGAUAUUACAGGAAGGUUUAUAUUUGUAAACUGAUUUAGAAUGGGAGAUUAAAAGGACAUUAACACUGCAUAUAUUUGAACAUUUCCAUAUUUUCCUCAUCAGAUAAAUAAAUACUAAAAAUACUAAAAAAACUAAUACAAUGUUUUCCUAAAAGUUUACGGUCUAGUAGUGCUGUCUAGACUGACCUCUAGUGUCAGUGCUCUGCAGAUUAAUGACUAGUCAGAAAUGUCAGCUCCAGGGAGAAGUUCCCCUAGGUACAGAUCUUCGGUACAGAUCUAGGUUCAGCUUCCUCUCCCCUCUCCCAAUCCUAACCUUAACCAUUAGUGGGGAUUGGGGAAAAUGCUAAACUGACCCAAGAUCAGUAUCUAGGGGCAACUUCACCCUGCACCAAAAUGUCAACCUUUUUAAAGCCUCAACAACACUGUGAUCCAGACAGACACAGUGACACCUAGCAUGAGACAUCAACCAGGAAUUUGACACAGUGUUUCAGCGUGGAACCUGUAAGCUAUUUCAGUUAGUUUUUGUCAGCUUACUCUCAUAACGAUCGUCUGAAACAACUCAAUGUCUCCAUUCUGUUUAAAGCAAAACCUCUUGAAUAUUGGGCAAUUUACAAUCGCUUGAUAAUAAAGUGGACGAACUACAGGCACGAAUAUCCUACCAACAGGACAUUCAAAACUGUAAUAUCUUAUGUUUCACAGAGUCGUGGCUGAACGAAGACAUGAAUAACAUACAGUUGGUGGGUUAUACACUGUAUCGGCAGGAUAGAACGGCAGCCUCUGGUAAGACAAGGGGUGGUGGUCUAUGUAUAUUUGUAAACAACAGCUGGUGCACGAUAUCUAAAGAAGUCUCAAGGUUUUGCUCGCCUGAGGUAGAGUAUCUCAUGAUAAGCUGUAGACCACACUAUCUACCAAGAGAGUUUUCAUCUAUAUUCUUCGUAGCUGUCUAUUUACCACCACAAACCGAUGCUGGCACUAAGACCGCACUCAAUGAACUGUAUACAGCCACAAGCAAACAGGAAAACGCUCAUCCAGAGGCGGCACUCCUAGUUGCCGGGGACUUUAAUGCAGGGAAACUUAAAUCUGUUUUACCUCAUUUUUACCAGCAUGUUAAAUGUGCAACCAGAGGGAAAACAACUCUAGACCACCUUUACUCCACACACAGAGAUGCGUACAAAGCUCUCCCUCGCCCUCCAUUUGGCAAAUCUGACCAUAAUUCUAUCCUCCUGAUUCCUGCUUACAAGCAAAAACUAAAGCAGGAAGCACCAGUGACUCGGUCAAUAAAAAAGUGGUCAGAUGAAGCAGAUGCUAAGCUACAGGACUGGUUUGCUAGCACAGACUGGAAUAUGUUCCGGGAUUCUUCCGAUGGCAUUGAGGAUUACACCACAUCAGUCACUGGCUUCAUCAAUAAGUGCAUCGAUGACGCCAUCCCAACAGUGACUGUACGUACAUACCCCAACCAGAAGCCAUGGAUUACAGGCAACAUCCGCACUGAGCUAAAGGGUAGAGCUUCCGCUUUCAAGGAGCGGGACUCUAACCCGGACGCUUAUAAGAAAUCCAUCUAUGCCCUUCGACGAACCAUCAAACAGGCAAAGCGUCAAUACAGGACUAAGAUCGAAUCGUACUACACCGGCUCCGACGCUGGUCGGUUGUGGCAGGGCUUGCAAACUAUUACAGACUACGAAGGGAAGCACAGCCGCGAGCUGCCCAGUGACACAAGCCUACCAGACGAGCUAAAUUACUUCUAUGCUUGCAUCGAGGCAAGUAACACUGAAACAUGCAUUAGAGCAUCAGCUGUUCCGGACGACUGUGUGAUCACGCUCUCCGUAGCCGAUGUGAGUAAGACCUUUUAAACAGGUCAACAUUCACAAGGCUGCAGGGCCAGACGGAUUACCAGGACGUGUACUCCGAGCAUGCGCUGACCAACUGGCAAGUGUCUUCACUGACAUUUUCAACCUCUCCCUGUCUGAGUCUGUAAUACCAACAUGUUUCAAGCAGAACACCAUUGUCCCUGUGCCCAAGAACGCUAAGGUAACCUGCCUAAAUGACUACCGACCCGUAGCACUCACAUCUGUAGCCAUGAAGUGCUUUGAAAGGCUGGUCAUGGCUCACAUCAACACCAUUAUCCCAGAAACCCUAGACCCACUCCAAUUUGCAUACCACCCCAACAGAUCCACAGAUGAUGCAAUCUCUAUUGCGCUCCACACUGCCCUUUCACACCUGGACAAAAAGAACACCUAUGUGAGAAUGCUAUUCAUUGACAACAGCGCAGCGUUCAACACCAUAGUGCCCUCAAAGCUCAUCACUAAGCUAAGGACCCUGGGACUGCAACUGGAUCCUGGACUUCCUGACGGGCUGCCCCCAGGUGGUAAGGGUAGGUAACAACACAUCCGUCACGCUGAUCCUCAACACGGGGGCCCCUGAGGGGUGCGUGCUCAGUCCCCUCCUGUACUCCUUGUUCAUUCAUGACUGCAUGGCCAGGCACGACUCCAACAUCAUCAUUAAGUUUUCUGUUGACACAACAGUGGUAGACCUGAUCACCGACAACGACGAGACAGUCUAUAGGGAGGAGGUCAGAGACCUGGCCGUGUGGUGCCAGGAUAACAACCUCUCCCUCAACGUGAUCAAGAUAAAGGAGAUGAUUGUGGACUACAGGAAAAAGAGGAGGACUGAGCACGCCCCCAUUCUCAUCGACGGGCUGUAGUGGAGCAGGUUGAGAGCUUCAAGUUCCUUGGUGUCCACAUCACCAACAAACUAACAUGGUCCAAGCACACCAAGACAGUCCUGAAGAGGGCACAACAAAACCUAUUCCCCCUAAGGAGACUGAAAAGAUUUGGCAUGGGUCCUCAGAUCCUCAAAAGAUUCUACAGCUGCACCUUUGAGAGCAUCCUGACUGAUUGCAUCACUGCCUGGUAUGGCAACUGCUCGGCCUCCGACCGCAAGGCACUACAGAGGGUAGUGCGUACAGCCCAGUACAUCACUGGGGCCAAGCUUCCUGCCAUCCAGGACCUCUAUACCAGGUGGUAUCAGAGGAAGGCCCUAAAAAUUGUCAAAGACUCCAGCCACCCUAGUCAUAGACUGUUCUCUCUGCUACCGCACGGCAAGCGGUACCGGAGCGCCAAGUUUAGGUCCAAGUGGCUUCUUAACAUCUUCUACCCCCAAGCCAUAAGACUCCUGAACAUCUAAUCAAAUGGCUACCCAGACUAUUUGCAUUGCCCCCCCCCCUUACGCUGCUGCUACUCUCUGUUUAUUAUCUAUGCAUAGUCACUUGAAUAACUCUACCUACAUGUACAUAUUACCUCAAUUACCUUGACUAACCGGUGCCCCCGCACAUUGACUCGGUACCGGUACCCCCUGUAUAUAGCCUCACUAUUGUUAUUUUUAAUGCUGCUCUUUAAUUAUUUGUUACUUUGAUGUAGCCUGGUGAGUGUGGUGAAGGUGCUGCUCGUUGUUGGGAUCAGGUGACCUGUUGUCAUGUGUUCUCCCGAGUGGCGCAGUGGUCUAAGGCACUGCAUCGUAGUGCUAGCUCUGCCACUAGAGAUCCUGGUUCGAAUCCAGGCUCUGUCGUAGCUGGCCGUGACCGGGAGACCCAUGGGGCAGCACACAAUUGGCCCAGCGUCGUCCAGGGUAGGGGAGGGAAUGGCCGGCAGGGAUGUAGCUCAGUUGGUAGAGCAUGGCGUUUGCAACGCCAGGGUUGUGGGUUCGUUUCCCACGGGGGGCCAGUAUGGAAAAAAAAAAAAAUGAUGUGUGCACUCACUAACUGUAAGUCGCUCUGGAUAAGAGCGUCUGCUAAAUGACUAAAAUGUAACUGUAAAAUGUAAAUGUGUCAGAAUUCCACAUAAUUGGUGACUCAUUAUUAUGAUUGUGUUUGUUACUCUGCUGAACAGUAUAUCUCUCUCUUCCCCCCCUUCCUCCAGUCAGGGCAGUUCAGUGAGGACAUGAUUCCUACAGUGGGCUUCAACAUGAGGAAGAUCACCAAGGGCAAUGUCACCAUUAAGGUCAGAGCAUCAGACUUGAUGAUGAGUGCACACUCAAUGUUUUGAUAAUGAGCUGCACUUAUCCUUGGUACUCAUGCUGAUAGUAUUGCUGAUCAUGUGUGUCUGUCUGUUUGUACGCCUACCUUUUGAGACUGAAGUGGUGUGUGUGUUUGUUCUGUCGUUCUCCAGCUGUGGGAUAUUGGGGGUCAGCCUCGAUUCCGGAGCAUGUGGGAGAGAUACUGCCGAGGUGUCAGUGCCAUUGUGUAAGUACAUGCACACACUUGGGCUGGGAAUUGCCAGGGACCACACAACACGAUAUUAUCACGAUACUUAGGUGCCGAUACGAUAUGUAUUGCAAUUCUCACGAUUCUAUAUGUAUUGCGAUCGGAUACUGUAAUUCUGUUGCGAUUCGAUGUUCUAAACAUAUUGCUCACCAUGUGUCUCUCUUUUCUCUCCUCUCUCUCAGUUACAUGGUAGAUGCUGCAGACCCAGAGAAGAUUGAGGCCUCGAAGAACGAAUUACACAACCUCCUAGACAAACCCCAGCUACAGGGGAUCCCAGUGAGUACAAUUAUGUUGCUAUCGGUGUGUUGUGAGUGUUGAUGUUACGGAAGAGGUAGAUAUGAGUGGAGGUAUUGGACAUCAGAGGCUCACCCUGAGCUGAGCUGUAGACUCAUGGUGGUGUGUGGCAUCUGUCACAUCCCUACAACCCCCUCCCCAACACACACACACACACACACACACACACAAACUAUCUCUCUCCUCUCUCUGUAGCCCAGACAUGAAUAAUGAAUGUGUGUCUGAGUGAUGUGGGUCUGAUUUAUCGAACCAAAGGGAGGGACAGAUGGAGGGGAGAGGGAGGAAAAGACAGACAGAAAGAGAAGGGAGGGAAAGUUUGAUGGUAAGAGAGACAUAAGUAGAGGGGGAGUAAGGAGGUAGAGAAAGAAAGGUUUAAGAGAGACAGGGGAGAGAGGAAUGGAGAGAGAGAGAACCAGUGGGCGGUGCUUGAGCAUUGCAGAUGCUUCAUGUUUUACUAGCAUCUCCAAGGCUAGUGCCGUAGAAUUGCUGGAAAGAUGGAUGGAGGGAGGGAGGGAGGGAGGGGAGUGUGUGUGUGUGUCUGUCUGGGUCCAGACGUGUAGUGACUGGGGGGAAGACCAUUAGCAGGCCUGUGCAGUGCAGUGAGAUCCAUACAGGAUGAUCCUCAGAGUAAUGUUAGGGGAGAGGAGAGGUAUCCUCCUUACGACUCUAAACACAUAUCACUGCUCUCAUUGAGAUGAUGAUAGGAGACUAACACACAGGGAAUGGAUGGCAGGAGUAGCAUUAACAUACUGUCACCCUAACUACAGAUGCUACUGCUGACCAGUGUGAAGAUAUGUUUAUUUAAGGCAGUGUGGAGUGUGGCUGUCAACCAUUUUAAAUGAGAGAGGGAAGAUGAGUAACGCAGUUUGUCUGACACUAGCUAGCUACUUCCCCACUCACAGCAAUUCUCAUGAACUGCCUUUGUUUCUCCACUCUAACAGAUAUUGGCCUUCAACAGUAAUGAUCACCUCUAGUUAGUGUGUUAUAAAGCCUGUGGAAUGUAAAGUUGAAAUGGAAUGGGUUUGCAGGAGAAAAGCCUACAGGCAGGUACAUUGGCAAAGACAACACUCAUGUGGUUUCCCUUGGACUCUCUCAGGUACUGGUUUUAGGGAACAAAAGAGAUGUUCCAGGUGCCUUGGAUGAGAAGGAGCUGAUUGAGAGGAUGUGAGUACGGGCGCUCUGAUGUUUCCUUUUGUAAAUGAAGCUGACCGUGUGUGUGGAGUUUUCCUCUCUAUAACACUGCCCUCUAUGCCUCACUUAGGAACCUGUCAGCCAUCCAGGACAGAGAGAUCUGCUGUUACUCUAUCUCCUGUAAGGAAAAAGACAAUAUUGGUGAGAAAACAAAUGGUCAAUUCAAAACUACCUAAUUACCUGAGAAUUACUUUUUGUUUCUUUUGAGUAUCUGAAACAAAUUGACUUUAUAUCCUCUGGCAGACAUCACACUACAGUGGCUGAUCCAGCAUUCCAGAACCAGGAAGACAACAACAUGAGGGCUCAACUCCCUGGACGACCCCGUCUCCCCUUCCUCCCCCUCCAGGACCUCUACCCUAAGACCAACCCUACCCCUCCUUCUCUCUUCCUCUUCUCCUCCCUUCUCUUAUCACCCUGGUUCCAUUUCCAGCCCCUUCCUUUAUCUCCUACACCUUUGGGUGUUAACAGAUCUGAGAGGGUUGGAUAGGUGUGAGCAAUAUGUCAGAAUAUGGACCCAUCAUCACAAUGCUUAUACAAAUCAAAUCAAAUGUAUACAUAUCUAAUAUUUUCAGAUCUGUGAACAUGGAAUAGAUAGAGACUAGGAGAAGGGGCUGUCCUCUCAUUCUCAGCUCUCCUUUCUUCUUACCCAUCUGUGAUCCCUAUAUUUUACUCUUUAAAAACAGCCCUUCCUCCUCUCUACCUGAUUCCGUUCUUGUAAAGAGUGUGUGAAAAACUAUGAUUUGCACUGUUUAAAUUGUUUUGUAUUCUACCUAUAUGCAUUUUUUACACCAUGUACUUCAGACUGGAUAAAGUGGACUCUUGACAGUCACCCAUCGAGCAACUCUUGUUUUCAUUGACUGUUAUAGAUUUGUUUCUUUUUUAAAUAUAUAUGUACUAUAUUUGUACAGUGUGGGUCUGAUUUUGAUGAGGUUUUGGACAAGGAGGUAAUCUAUUUUCUCUUGCUUAAAUGAAUAAUGUGUUGUUCAAAGUGCAAACUACUCACACACACUCACUCACUCUUGUCUACUAACCUGCAGCUUCACAGCUGUUCCCAUAGCAACGUGGUUGCCAUUUUGUCUCUUCACCUGAUCAGGUGACAAGCUCUGACCAAUGAUUUGAUAUUUUAUUGAACACAGUCAUUUCUCAUUUCUCUUGCAUGUUACCUAACUGAAAGGAAAUGCAUUCCGCUUCAAUAUGAAAGACAUAUAUAGAGGUCAGCUCACAAGUUUGCAAGACAUCACAGAGAAUUGUUCCAUACUGAUGCAACAGAAAUCAAUAAUGUUUUAUACAGGUUUGAUAUCCUUAACAAUAAGUAAAACAAUUUGAUGGUCAUCUUAUCCAAACAAACAUAUUAUUCACCUUAAUGCUGCUCUAUUUGAACAUAUUUUCUCAUAUCAGAGUCAGUCUGUUUUUCGUUUGGAAUUGAAACAAUGUUAUAUACGAUUGAUAUCGUGUUAUUUGGGGUAGAUUUGGACGCUGAUUUGAGUUGUACAUAUUCUUAUCAAUAUCAGUUUAAACUAUAAUUGCAACCUUUUACUUGAACCUUCCUUUAGAAGGCCUACAUGACCAUGUCAAACAGUCAUGUUUGCUUAUGGCAACUGAUGGAAUUGGAGAGGGUUGAUGGAGGGGUCAAGGAAAGUGUAACCAUUGCAACCUUCGAAGAGUUUCUCAGAUACUUUAGCUAGCUAUUCCUAAUGUUAUUUAAUGAUAUUUGAAGAUGACAACUGCAACUAAUUGGCUAUUUCUAUGUCACCUGACAUUAGCAUGCAUUGACAUUCACAAGCCAUCUCAUAUAACAAUGUUUAAUAUUCAUAAGGCCAUAUUUAUUAACUAUGUUAGUGUUAGGUUUUCUUUGUUUUUAUGUUUGAACUUUGAACAUAACCACGAAAAAGAUGCAGUACUAAAAUCAUGUUCUAAACAUAUCUCAUGGAGCACAGAGAUUAUGUAAAGCACACAAUAACCAACUUGUUUGUUUUGUUUUCAGCAGGUUUUGUCUGAUAAUUCACUCCCUAAAUAUGAAUCAAGCCAUUGACUCCUCUAUAAUUCCUCCCUGUUGGAUUUUGAGUUUUCAGCUUCGCCUUUAGUGUAGUGUCAUGCAGCUGUAGGGUGCCUCCCAGUAGUCUACAGUGGCUUCCUCUUCUUUUUAUCCUUUCCUCCUUUCCUUCAUCCGCACAGACAUGACAGAACUACAUAUUGCUUACACACAUGCUGUCUUUUCAGAUCAGUGCAGAUGAGGGAGAGGAGAUGAGUAGAGGAAGCCCCUUCAGAAUAUUGAGAUGCAACCUCCUAGUUCCAUCAUUCAUUUCAACACCACUCCAUUGACGUAUUGCUAUUUGUUAUUUUAAGUUGAAUGUUUGUACCUGACAGAAUGUACAAUGAGUGAAUUGGCUUGAUGCCCGCAAAGUAAAAAUGGUCUUGUCUCUAAAAUGAAGUGAAAGGUGUACUUUGUUCUACAAUGCACCUGCCAUACUACCCUGCUGCUACAGUAACAGACAGUGAUGUGUUUCAGUGUUAUUGGUUGACAGUGAAGGACCAGCUUCGU